CCAAGGUUAAGCGUAUACCUAACCAACCAUUGAGGUGAAUCACCUUCAGCCCUACAAUUCAUUCUUACGGUCAAAAUGUCCGCAUCCCUAUUGGCGCAGUUAUCCCGUGUCCCUCGUCUGCGAGCCCGCGUCACUCGCAAUGUAUCCCGAAGAUCUAUUGGAUCUGUCAGUGCCAUUGACUCGGGAAUCUUUCGGACAUUAUUUGGGACCGAGGAAAUUCGCAAGAUAUUCGAUGAUGAGGCGUACAUCAAGCGGUGCGUGGAUGCCGAAGCCGCGCUCGCAAGAGCCCAGUCACGUUGCGAUGUGAUCCCAUCCCAAAUCGGCGACAUGGUAACUCAGAAACUUCGCCAAUCCAAGCUGGAUAUGGAUCGCCUUCGUCACGAGACCGAAAUCGUUGGUUACCCAAUUCUUCCCCUGGUCCGUCAGCUCUCUGUGAUUUGUGGCGACGAGGCCGGGAAAUACGUGCAUUGGGGCGCAACCACGCAGGAUAUCAUGGACCUGGCGAGUGUGUUGCAGAUGAAAGAAGGCCUGACGAUCGUUGAGCGCCAACUCAAGGAAAUCAUCAGCACACUACGUGGGCUGUCUAUCAAGUACAAGGACACGCCCAUGGCGGGCCGCACCCAUCUUCAGCAUGCCCUCCCGGUCACUUUCGGGUACAAGUGUGCGGUAUGGCUGUCUGGCUUCCAGCGACAUUUAGAGCGUCUGGAGCAGUUGAAAAGUCGCUGCUUGCUGGUCCAAUUUGGGGGUGCAGCCGGGUCUUUGGCGUCUCUGGGGUCUGGAGACGAUGGAUUACGUGUGCGCAAGGCCCUGGCAGAGGAACUAGGUCUUACGGAUCCCCCCAUCACCUGGCACGUUGCUCGUGAUGGUGUGGCAGAAAUAGCAAACUUUCUGGCAUUGCUGGGUGGCUCAAUGGGCAAACUAGCCCUAGACAUCAUCAUCAUGUCCUCCAACGAGUUGGGAGAAGUAUCUGAGCCGUUCGUGCCGCAUCGCGGUGCCUCCUCUACCAUGCCCCAGAAGCGCAAUCCCAUCUCAAGCGAGGUGAUCCUAGCUGCAUCAAAGAUUCUCCGGUCCAACGCUGGACUGGUUCUCGACGGCAUGGUAGCUGAUUUCGAGCGUGCCUCGGGUCCUUGGCAUCUGGAGUGGGUGGCGAUUCCAGAAAUUUUUGUCAUUGCAGUCGGAGCGCUGUUCCAGACCCAGUUCGCUUUGUCUGGGCUGUGUGUUCACAGCAAGCAGAUGCUGGAGAACCUGCACUCCACGAAGGGACUGAUUGUAGCCGAAGCAGUGAUGAUGGGACUGGCACCGCAUGUGGGACGGCAACAGGCGCAUGAUAUUGUCUACGACGCUUGCCGGGAGAGUAUUGAGAAGAAUCAGUCCUUGCUCAAGUGCUUGAUGCAAAAGUCCGAGGUGACCUCGAAGAUGAGUGAGGAGCGUGUGAGUCAGCUAUGUGAUCCGGUCAAUUACCUGGGUGCGUCGACGAGGAUGGUAGAUGAUGUUCUUGCUGUCGAUUAGCCGUCUCCGUCCCCACUUCACGUUGAUUCUCAAGCCAAUACUGUCCGAUUAAGAUGAAGUAUACAUCCACCUCAUACAUUAUAUUAGCUUGUCAAAUAAGCUUCAACGCUACGGAACCGCAACCGCGUCCACAUUCCACAUCCCACAUGCUCCACAUUCCCAGGAGCCCCGCAUACCUUAGCGGGAGCCCGAGUGGAUUCUGCGGGGGAAGCUCCGAGCUUCUGUGGGUUUAUGCCUGUAUCUGAAGUUCUCAACAAAGGGCAUGCGUCAUAGUUUCUCUCUCCCUAGAGCUGGUACCCCUGCUAGUGAUGGACUGCUC